UCCAGCACGGCGGGCGCGCUGGGCGGGUCGGGCCCCCACGCGUACAGCGUCUCCAAGAUGGCCGUCGUCGGCAUGGUGCGGUCCGCGGCGGCGGAGCUGGCGGCGCGCGGCGUGAGGGUGAACGCCAUCUCGCCGUACGCCAUCGCGACGCCCAUGGGGGCGCGCUCCGCGAGGGAGAUGCUAGGCCUCCCGCCGGGGGGCGCCGGCGACGAGGAGUUGAUCAGGCGGCUGUUCGACGAGGACAUCAACGAGAUGGGCGGCGGCGUGGUGCUGCGCGCGGAGGACGUUGCGAGGGCGGCGGUGUUCCUGGCGUCCGAGGAUGCCAGGUACAUCACCGGGCAUAAUCUCAUGGUCGACGGCGGGUUCUCCGUCGUGAAGCCGCUCAACGUCCCGGCCUGUUGAGGACGGCGAGAAUCGUGCCGGGUUACAGGAAAUUAAACACAAAAUAAAUCAGAAGAAAAAGAAACGGAAAAUAAUCCUACAUGACCGGAUCGUAUGGACGUAAACUGGAGACCCUCCCUGUGUGACAACUGGCAAACCGAAUCUCAAAGCAUCCCAUCCGACAUGUCCAGCCGCAUGACAUCCGAACAGUGUACUUGGGUCUCAGUUUUCAGAGCUCCGUGUACAUUGGUUCAUUUUUCAAGUAAAACGGAAUUGAGCUGCUCUGAAA